AUGCCUCCCCGUGCUGCUCCUGGUCGUGGUCGCGGUGCUGGUGGUCCUGCUCGUGGUGGUCGCGGUGGUGCAGCCUCUCGAGAGACUGCCGUUCAAAUUGGAUUACCCACAUCUGGCGACCACAUCACCACAGUCGGUGUCAAGCGACCAGACUUUGGCACUGGAGGGCGUCCUUUGGAUAUCUACGUUAAUUCCUUUGUGACUACCAUCCCCGAAGGGGUCAUUCACCAUUACGAUGUUAUAUCCCCUUCCGAGAAGACGUUGCCUGCACGUCUCAACAUGGCACUUAUCAAAACUCUACAAACCCAGGUCGCACCACAGAUCUUCACUCCGCGUGCAGUUUACGAUGGUCGAAAGAACAUGUUUGCCAUCCGCGAGCUACCUUUUGGCGGCUCUAGUUCCCAGGAGUUCGAUGUCAGCUUCAGCGAAAGGGGCGAAACUGGUAGCAAGGGCAAGGGGCCUAAGGUCUUCAAGAUCAAGUUGACCAAGGUCGCUGAGAUCAAUCCCGAAGUCCUACAGCGCUUUAUUGCGGGCAAUCAGUCCCAUGACAACAGCGUGCUGACUGCCAUUACCGCAUUAAACGUCGUGAUUCGUAUGGAACCCACGAUGAACUACCCAUUCAACGUGCGUUCUUUUUUUACGGAUCGCGAAACGAAAGAUAUUGGUUCUGGUUUGCAACUCUGGCGAGGAUAUUUCCAGUCCGUUCGACCUGCUUGUGGUCAGAUGCUUAUCAAUGUUGACAUCUCCACGGGCACCAUGUACAAGGCCGGCCCUCUUCUCAAUCUUUGCCUUGAAUACAUCGGGAAAAGAGAUAAAGACCCCAACAUCCUCGCUCCAUCACAUGGCCUUCCCGAUCGUGAAAGACUCCGACUUCAAAGGUUUAUUUCGGGAAUUCGUGUCAUCACCACCCUUCCAGGAUCAGGCGGCGCCGUUAACCAGACUCCACGGGUCGUAAAGAAGCUCAGCACCGCAGGCGCAAACGCCCUGAGGUUUACUAUGAGAGAAGGAGGCACGAUGACGGUUGCAGACUACUUCAAGACGCAUCAAAACUGUGUCCUCAGGUUCCCAGAAGUUGUCUGCGUUGAGGUCGGAUCAGGAGCAUUGAUCCCGCUGGAACUAUGUACCGUACCGCCUGGUCAGAUCAUGCGAAAGCAAGUUCCGCCUGAAAAGACGAAGGACGUUCUGGAUUUCGCGACCAAAAAACCCAAGGACCGUUUAGAUAGUAUCCGAAAUGGUCUUGCUGUUCUGGCGUAUGGACAAUCCGAAUAUGUUCGUCAAUUUGGAAUGCAUGUCGACGCUGCAGCUGGGCCCCUUCGAGUCAAGGCCAGGGUGUUGAAACCGCCAACUUUGAAAUAUGGGACGGGCAGCAAACAGCUUACAAUUAAUCAUCACUCACCAUCUUCAAGGGUCGAUAAGCGUUUCUUUAAACCUGUGCAAAUUGACAGAUGGGUUGUGGUUAUCUAUGAAACACAAAACCGUUUCGGAGAGUCUGCGGCGCAGGAAAUGAUAAACGGCUUAGUCUUGAGAUGUCGCGAAGUUGGUAUAACAAUGACACCUACGAACCUUAUAUUUUGGGAGAAUGGUCAGGGUGCGAUCGCUAACCAGCUACGCUCAGCAGGAGCACAAUGUGCGGCCAAGUACAAACUGCCCCCAAAUUUGAUCGUCGUCGUGCUGCCGGAGGGCGGAAACGACAUCUACACCGCCGUCAAGCACUUCGGCGACAUCACGAUGGGAGUCGCAACUCAAUGCAUGAAAAGUUCCAAGUGUUUCCGUGCCAAGCCGCAGUACUAUGCGAACAUCAGCCUCAAAAUUAACGUUAAGCUUGGAGGGAUCAAUACGAUUCCCGAUCCUUCGUCGGUCUCUGUUCUAACCGAUCCACAUCAACCAACGAUUGUCAUGGGUGCGGAUGUGAUCCACCCUGCACCUGGUUCUGAUGGACGUCCGUCUUUCACCGCUCUCGUUGCAAAUGUCGACUCCGACACCGCCAAGUAUAUUGCAGACUCUCGGGUACAAACCUCUCGCCAGGAGAUGAUUGAAGAAUUGCAGGCGAUGAGCAAACAUGUUUUAAGCAUGUACAUGAAGUACAGAGGAGCCGUAGAAAAGAAAGGAGCAAACAGUCUCGCACCCAAACGCAUCAUUUUCUAUCGUGAUGGCGUCUCUGAGGGGCAGUUUAAACAGGUGUUGGAACAAGAGUUACCUCUGCUCAAGAAGGCUUGCGAAGAACUCGGCAUUAACCCCAAGAUCACGAUCAUCGUCGUUGGAAAGAGACACCACGUCCGCUUCUUCCCUCAGAACGAACGUGACGGAGACCGGAGCGGCAACUGCCCUGCCGGAACAGUGGUCGAUCGAGCGGUUGCGCAUCCGACCGAGUUCGACUUCUACCUCCAAAGCCAUGGAGGUCUUUUAGGGACUAGCCGCCCCGCUCAUUAUUCGGUAUUAUAUGAUGAAAACAACUUGUCGCCGGAUUCCCUCCAGUCUCUCUCGUUCGCCUUGUGCCAUGUUUAUGCUCGCUCGACGCGCUCUGUUUCUAUUCCGGCGCCGGUUUAUUACGCCGAUAUUGUUUGCUCCCGAGCAAAAAAUCACUACGAUCCUGCUGGCAGUAUCGACUUUUCUGAUUCCGCAACGCAAGUAGACGCCAACAACUCUCUCGAUAACUUCCGCCGUGAUUUCAAGCCCCUGCACAAAACUCAAAGCACUCUGAUGUAUUUCUCUUAA